AUGCACGCCCAGCAACCCCUUCCCCAGGCCAUGCCCGCCUCCAUAGGGCAGAGCCUUCGCGACGCGGCACUCGGCUUUGCCAGGGGCAAGAACCUCCUGGGGAGCAACUUUGCAUACGGCCUAAUCCAGUCUCUCAAGGAGUGUCUCUACUUCCUUCUCUGCUGCUGGUGUAUCAAGGAGAUCCUGGACUGA